UCAAGUGGCCUCUCCGGCUGCGGGAUUGUUGUUCGCCUCCCACGGACUGAGGGGGGCGUGUUGGUUCGGUUUGCUCGACCUGCAGCAGCUUCCGUUCUCUGGUGUCACACAUGUAGCACAACAUGGCCCCCACCAGCCGGGCCGCCGCGACCGCGCUCUCGCUGCUCUACCUGUGCCCGGCGAUCCUGUCCACCGAGUACUUCUCCUCACUGACAUUGUUCAACAACGAGCUCCACAAGCAGGGAUGCAGCUCGCUGUCCGAGUGGGAAGAGUACGCGACGGACUGCGAAUCCUCAAUUUUGCAGCUGGAGGACCCAGACUGCGAGGAGGGAAGCAACCCGCCAUGCGAAUCAGUCUUCUCACUUAACGCAGAGAAGAUCCUGAACCAGGCCAAGCUUUUUAUAGAACAGAAGAAAGUCCCCUUCCCCAUAGAUGACCACAACACAAACGAAGAACUUGCUAUAGGCUACGUUCUGAUAGGCAACGGCCUUUAUGAAGAAGCCAUCAAACAUUUCUCUCUUUUACUACAGGGUGACCCAGAGCUGGUCAGUGCCAUCUACGGGAGAGGAAUCGCUUAUGGGAAAAAAAGUUUACAAGACAUAAAGAAUGCAGACUUGGCGCUGUACGAGCUCAACAGAGUGAUCGCGCUCGAGCCCAACUGGCCUGAGGUCUAUGAGCAGAGAGCCGAGAUCCUGUCCCCUCUGGGCCGCAUCAGCGAGGCCCUCGGCGAUCUGACCAAAGCCAUCCAGCUGCAGCCCUCAGCCCGUCUCUACAGGCACAGGGGAACGCUACUCUUCAUUUCAGAGGACUAUGUGGCAGCCAUGGACGACUUCCAGCAGUCUCUAGAACUCAAGAAGAACCAGCCCAUCGCUAUGCUCUAUAAAGGCCUCACCUUCUUCCACAGGGGAAUGCUGAAGGAAGCCAUCGAGACGUUUAAAGAAGCGCUGAAGUUGAAGUCUGACUUCAUAGAUGCAUAUAAGAGCCUAGGACAGGCCUACAGAGAGCUGGGCGAUUUUGAGUCAGCGAUGGAGAGUUUCCAGAAAGCCCUGAUGUUGAACCAGAACCACAUUCAGUCCCUCCAGCUCCGUGGCAUGAUGCUGUACCACCACGGCUCACUGCAGGAGGCCAUCGGGAACUUUAAGAGGUGUCUUCAGUUGGAGCCCUACAACGAGGUGUGUCAGUACAUGAAAGGGUUAAGUCACGUGGCCAUGGGCCAGUUCUACGAGGGCAUCAAAGCUCAGACUAAAGUCAUGUUAAACGAUCCCCUGCUGGGACAGAAGGCCAGCUCUGAAUACCUCAAAGUGAAAUACCUCAGAGAGUACUCUCGCUACUUGCACUCUCACCUGGACAUCCCAGUAGCUGAGUACAACGUGGACCAGGACCUUCCAGGGAACUUUAAGAACCACUGGGCCAAGAACCUGCCUUUCUUAAUAGAAGACUAUGAGGAGCAGCCAGGCCUCCAGCCACAUAUCAAAGACGUGCUGCCACAGAACUUCGAAAGCUACAGCAGUGACGUUCAAAAGCUGAUCUGCACCGCCGACCAUCUGGGCUCGCUAAUGCAAUACGACACCCCUGGCUUCUUAGCUAACAGGAGAAUACACAGAGCCAUGGGCUUAGCGACCCUGGAGGUGAUGCAGGCCAUGCACCGAACGUGGAGCAACUCCAAAGUACGAGUCAACGGCAAAACCAGACAGAUGCAGUGGAGAGACAUGUUCGACAUAGCUGUCAAAUGGAGGAGGAUCGCUGACCCAGACCAGCCGGUUCUAUGGUUAGACCAGAUGCCUGCCAGGAGUCUCAGUCGAGGCUUCAACAACCACAUCAAUCUCAUUAGGGGGCAGAUUAUCAACAUCAGAUACCUGGCUUACUUUGACAACAUUCUUGACUUCAUCAAAGACAGAAUCCUGGUGUACCAUGGGGCCUACAACCCCAGAGGUUUAUUAGAAGUCCGCCAGGCUCUUGAACAUGUCAAUAAAGUAGAAGAUUUACUUCCUAUAAUGAAGCAGUUCAACAGUAAAACCAGAGAUGGCUUCACAGUCAACUCCAAGGUGCCGAGCAUGAAAGACCCAGGAAAAGAGUACGAUGGCUUCACCAUCACUAUCACCGGAGACAGGGUGGGCAACAUGCUGUUUUCAGUAGAGACUCAGACCACAGAAGAGAGAACGCAGCAGUACCAGUCAGAGAUCGAGUCCAUCUACAAGGACCUGACGGCUAAAGGAAAAGCACUAAUGUUGUCUACAGAACUAGGGGACGCAGACGCUGUGUGUAACCUCAUCCUGUCCUUGGUCUAUUACUUCUGCAACCUCAUGCCCCUGUCCAGGGGGUCCAGUGUGGUGGCCUACUCCGUCGUGAUGGGGGCUCUGAUGGCCACAGGCAAGGAGGUCAUUGGGAGAAUCCCUAAAGGAAAGCUGGUGGAUUUUGAGGCCAUGACCACGCCGAGUCCAGAGAGCUUCAGUAAAACAGCAAAGAGCUGGAUGACUCUCAGGAGUUUACCAAACUGGUACCAGAGUCUUCCGUCUGUGGCAGAGACCUUCCCGACCAGCAGAACGAUGAUCGAGGUCCUCAAUGCAGACUUGUCCUCACACUGUCCAAAGAAGUCUUAACACAGCUUCUACUCAGGAGUCGGGUCUUUAGCAAAGUCUUAAUAUAUCAGAGCUUCUACUUCUGCACUGGUUGGAGCAAAGGGAACGUCUUCCUCUGCACCCCGAACUAAACUGGACAGAGCUCGAACACUAUCUGCAAUUCACAAAUUAAUCAUUUUCUGUAAAGCUAAUUGUAAAGCUGCCUGACACAUUUAAAGUCUAUAUUCAUAGAUCUUCACUGAGAGGAAAUACUAUUCUGACGACGUCAGUCUAGAUUUAGGCAGAAGGUCUCGGUUAGUUUGGGAUGCAGAGGUGAUUCUUUCCACCGUCUCCUUCUCUUUCCUCGGCCUCACACUGAGAUGCCCAAAGCACAAACUCCAUCUCACCAACCAUCAGCAUCAGUUUUGUUGUCCAAUCAUGCCUAAAACCUUAGUACUUAAUGACCCAGAAUGUUGAAUUGGACGGUAAUCUCUUAUCAAGUUUGCACGAUUGUAAUUCUUUUUUAAACCACUGCUGUGUUCAGACACAGAGCCGCCUUCAGCAGAGAACGAUUCAGGGAUUUAAAAGGGAUGAAGCAAAACCUUCAGGGCUGUUGAAUUCCACUUGUGAUACUUGAACCAGUGUCUUUCCCCUCAAGCUGCAGCGACUGCCGCUGCUCUUUUCUGGUAUUAAAACAAUGAGCAACGGUUCUACACCACGACCGCGAUGGAGACCCUCAAAGAGAAAUGUUUUCAAAAUAAGAGCACCCGCUUGUUUUCUAGUGUUAUGAGAAACGCAGUAAAGCUGUGCAUUCACAUUUUAACAUCCUUUUAUUCAAUUGGACCUUUUAAAAUAAUUUUUAAAAACGAAGGAGUUUGAUUUUCUCAAGGAUAAUUAUAGAUCUUCAUUGCUGUCACUCUGGUUUUGAACCGUGUGUGUUUUUAUAAUUACAGUAUUUAGUUUAAAGUCUUGGCUGUGAGCGACGCUACGCGCCGUCUUUCAACGCGCCGUCUUUCAACGCGCCGUCUUUCAACGCGCCUUCAAGUAACGUUAGAGGUUUUAAUUCAUCAGCCAUCACCAUUGCUUUAAUUGACCUCUUCCUGUCAGGACCUGACACAUCUGGAGAACAUCUGGAUAAAGAACGAGUAAUCAUGUUUAAAAGAAACCCCAAAACCCCCCAAAAAAAUGUAGGUAUUUUAUUGGCUUAGAUGCACCUGAUUCAGUUUGGCAGUAUCAUUUCUCAGGUCUCUGACGAUAUUUAUUUAUUUAUUUACAAAGUGUGUUCAUGGAAAUCUAGUGUCCACCAUCGUCACAGAUCAUCCAAAGGAUGGUGUGUAGUUGCUCUUUGGGUCCAGAAGGAAAGUUAAGAUGUGAUGUUUACAGACACUGGCGCUGCUUUGGAGUCUGUCCAUCUGCUGCCCGACAGUAUUGAGUCUUUUGAACAAAUUUCAGUCCAUCUUGAUCAUUUAAAUCUUUUUGAAUAGGAAGUAUUGCAGCUGCAAUGGCUCACAGUCGAAUGUUCUGUUUGUCAGUUUCUCAUUGACGUUUCAUUUCCACAAAUUAAGAACAAAUUGACCGUAGUAGUAUUUCUGAUUCGUUUCCUGCAUCAGUUGUCGUCCCGCAGUAGUUUUUCUUCCAUUUCAAUGAUUGUGCUGACUGGUUGUCGUCUGGGCGACCCAGUCAUUAAGUGCUGUGGUUGGCUGUACAGUGACGAGUGCACACCCGUAUCUUAACGAUUAAAACUUGAAAGAGGACAUUUUUGUAUUAAAUGAGUGAAUGAAUGAUAAAACUGGUUCCAACUUUAA